AACCAUCUUUCAGUUGGUGUCGAUAUAUUUAAGUGUCAACGUCGUCUGAUAAGGAAUCAAAUUUUGAAUUGAAAUUCGAUUAAUAAUUACAAUAAAUCGUGCAAAAUGUUGGUCAUAACAUUAGUGCUGGUCCUGCUGUUUUUCCUGAUUUACAAGCGCCAACAACGGAUGUCGAUAUUAAAACGAUCCGGCAUUCCCGGCCCGAAACCCAAUCUUAUUUUUGGCCAUUUAUUUGAUAUUGGUUUCGGAGGAUUAAAGAGUGUCUUUCCCAAGUGGACCGAGAAAUACGGUUCUGUUGUCGGUUUCUAUUUCGGCGGACGACCUCAAGUGUUAGUUACUGACUUUGAUUUGAUUCGACACAUUUUGGUGAAAGAUUUCUACAAAUUCAGCAACAGAAAUCAAAUCAUACCGGGUGGAAUUCAUCCCACUCCGCAAUUUCAACACAUGCUAAUUUGGAGUCGUGAUACCGUUUGGAGAAAUUUGCGUGCCUCUUUGUCUCCGUCGUUUUCUGCUCACAAGCUUCAUGCCAUGGAGCCGUUGAUGAUGUUAACAAUUGACAAAUCGAUUAGCGAACUUGACGAUAUAGCCGAAAGUGGCCAAGAGUUUAAUAUAGGAUCGGUUAUGAAGGAGCUGACGUUUUCCACGGCAGCCAAAUGUAUUUUUGGACUUAAUUUUUCUCUGAAAGAUUUGACACGAGACACUAAAAGUUUCAUAGAAAUCACGCUUCCGCGCCUUGAAAAAUCUAUAUUGGCAAUGGUGAUGGUUCUAUUUCCAUCGCUGACAUGCAUAGCUUACCCACUAAGAGUUUUGUGGGAACGGAUUCGGUUUUUAAUGGCAUGGUCACCAGAAGGCGCUUGUUUUGAAGUUACGAAACAAUUGGUCCUGCUGCGACAGCGAUCAGAUAUAAAGAUUAUUGAUUUCUUACAGUUAUUACUUAAAGCUAAAAGAGUCCAGACAACUGUUGAUUCGGAAUUGGAGAUGUCAUCAGAUGAUGUUAAGCCGAAUGAUAAUUUAUUGAAUAAAGAAUUGAACAGUGAAAAUAUUUCAAAUGAUGAGAUUGUGGCAAAUGCAUUACUGUUCCUACUCGCUUCCUACGAAACAACAUCAGUUACUCUUCAGUUCUGUUUGCAUAACCUAAUAAAUCACCAAAGUGUCCAGGACAAAUUGAGAACCGAGCUUCUAAAAAUCGUGGACCCAGGAAGUAAAAAGAUUUCUGCUUUAGCUUUGUCUAGCAUUCCGUUGCUCAAUCACAUAGUCAAAGAGACGCUCAGAAUGUUUCCACCGGCGUCACCGUUGACUGCAAGAGUAGCCAAAGAAAAUUACGAAUAUCAAGGUAUUGUGAUACCGAAAGGAGCUGGUGUAUUCAUAGGAGUUUCCGCCAUUCACAAUGAUCCAAAAUUAUGGCCAGAGCCGGAAGAAUUUCGACCGGAGAGAUUCGAAAGUGAUUUUGAUAAAUUAGCGCUUCUAGCGUUCGGAGCUGGCCCGAGAAACUGCCUUGGAAUACGAUUCGCUUACAUGGAAAUUGAGUUGGCUUUGGCAAAUCUCAUCCUAAAUUAUCGAUUUGAGCCGGGACCAUCAACGGAGAAAAAGAUUAAGACGAUGGAAACCUUUGCAACGUUAAUACCACAGAAUGGUGUUUUUUGUAAAGUAACCAAACUGCAACAUUAAAUACGCAGCCUGUGAUCCCUCGGAACUCACUUAAAUAAA